AUGUUUUUUGAAAUUAAUAGUAUCAAACAACUUUUCGAGUUCGACGAUGUUUGCAUUGACGACUUUGCUUUCCGUCUCCAUUAUAAAUCAACAAUUAUAAUAUUGAUAAUAUCUUCAUUGUUCAUUACAUCUAAUCAAUUCAUCGGUGAGCCAAUCAGCUGCAUCAUUGAUGAUAUUCCCGCAAAUUUCAUUAAUUCCUACUGUUGGACAUACGGUACAUUCACGAACGCUGAACAAGAAAAUGGUGAUAUUCAACCAGGUGUCGGAAGUGUUAAUAAAGGCAAAAGUGAAAUUAAAUAUCACAAAUACUAUCAAUGGAUUUACUUUACACUUCUAAUCCAAGCAAUUCUGUUCUACGUUCCACGAUAUGUAUGGAAAAUUUGGGAAGGAGGAAAAAUGCAGAAACUUUCUUCCAAUUUGAAUUUAGUUAUCACAGAAGAAGGAUAUAAAUUUGAAGGGAAAGAAAUCAUAAUUAACUAUAUGAAAAAGAAUAUGGGUACGCAUAACGACUAUGCAUUAAGAUUUUUGCUAUGUUUAGUUUUAAAUUUGAUUAAUAUAAUUGCGCAAUUGUAUUUUAUGGACUACUUUUUGAACGGUGAAUUUUCGACCUACGGGCUUGAAGUGUUGAAAUUUAUCAAUAUGGAACCAGAAGAACGCGUUGAUCCAAUGUCACUCGUGUUUCCAUCAAUGACCAAAUGUUCAUUUAACAAAUAUGGACCAUCGGGGAGCAUACAAUACUUAGAUGGUUUAUGUGUGCUCCCAUUAAACGCCCUAAAUGAAAUAAUAUAUAUUUUUUUAUGGUACUGGUUCCACUUGGUGGUCUUUUUCACAGCCGUUUCAAUUGUUUAUCAUAUUUUGAUUUACGUUUUCCCUUACAUUUUGAUGACUUUGUCCACAAAUAUGGAACAAAACGGAUGUAGCUUAGUUGGCAUUUAA